UUUUACCUGUCUCAGGUGUGUACCGGUAUAAACAAUUUGUCUAUUGCGAAGCAUGGCGGUGGACGAUGUAGACACUACCCUCCAUUGGGGAGAUAUAUUAGUGGUCAUUGGAUAUUUUAUAGCAGUCAUUAUUGUCGGUAUAUUGUCAUCAUGUCGGAACCGAGGAAGUGUGAAGGGAUAUUUCUUAGCAGGGCGAUCUAUGCAUUGGAUACCGGUUGGUGCCUCGUUAUUUGCCAGUAACAUUGGUAGCGGCCACUUUGUUGGUUUGGCAGGUUCCGGUGCUGCCAGUGGUAUAGGUAUUGCAGUGUUUGAAUUAAAUGCAAUAUUUAUUCUAAUGGUUCUAGGAUGGUUCUUUGUACCUGUUUACACAGCAGCUGGGGUGUUUACAAUGCCAGAAUAUUUGAAGAAAAGAUUUGGAGGACAAAGAAUCAGAGUCUAUCUCUCUGUUUUAGCACUGUUGCUAUAUGUUUUUACAAAGCUCUCGGCCGAUUUAUUCUCUGGAGCCAUUUUUAUAACCCAAUCUUUCAAGGAUUUGAAUCUCUAUGUUGCUGUUAUCAUCUUACUCGCAAUAUCGGCUGUGUUUACAAUAGCUGGUGGACUGACUGCUGUAAUAUGGACAGAUUUUAUUCAAGUUAUUAUUAUGAUCAUUGGAGCUUUCAUUAUGAUGAUUUUGAGUUUUAUUGAGGUUGGUGGUUACGAAGCUAUGAUCCAGAAAUAUUUCGCCUCUUUUCCUGACACUACGAUAAAUAACAUGGGGAAUUCUAGUUAUAAAUAUGCCAAAUGUGGAAUACCGCCAGAUAACGCCAUGCAUCUGUUUCGAUCAGCUGAGGAUGGAAGUUUACCAUGGCCAGGAAUAAUGUUCGGUUUGACAAUCUCUGCUGUAUGGUAUUGGUGUUCUGAUCAGGUAAUAGUACAGAGAGCACUAGCAGCAAAGAACUUGUCACAUGCAAAAGCUGGUACUAUUUUAGCUGGUUAUCUUAAGUUUUUGCCACUUUGGAUUAUGGUAUUUCCUGGCAUGAUUUCAAGAAUUUUAUACAGAGAUUCCGUUGGUUGUGCUGAUCCAGAUGUAUGUGAAGAGGCAUGUGGCUCUAGAGCCGGAUGCAGUAACAUUGCAUUCCCUAAAUUAGUGUUAGGGAUCAUGCCUACGGGAUUGAAAGGCCUUAUGUUAGCUGUAAUGAUGUCUGCCUUGAUCUCAUCACUGACGUCCAUAUUUAACAGCAGUAGUACUCUCUUUACUAUUGAUAUAUGGUUAAGGAUACGUAAACAGGCAUCAGACGUAGAACUUAUGAUUGUUGGAAGAUGUUGUGUAUUGAUCUUGGUAGUCGUUUCAAUUGUAUGGAUUCCAAUUAUUCAGAAUAUCUCAGAGCUUUUCCAUUAUAUUCAGGCAAUAACAAGCUUUUUAGCGCCACCAGUAUGUGCGAUUUACGUUCUCGCUGUUUUCUGGAAACGGACCAAUGAACAGGGUGCAUUUUGGGGACUUAUGAUAGGAUUAGUAGUUGGAUUAACUCGAUUCAUUUGGGAAUAUGCCUACACAGUCCCGCCAUGUGGUGAAGAAGCAGACGACAAUAGACCAGACAUCAUCAGCAAAGUUCAUUACCUUCACUUUGGUAUUAUUCUCUUUGGAAUUUGUUUUAUAGCAACAAUUAUCAUCAGCCUACUCACUAAACCUAUUCCAGAUAAACAUCUCCACCGCCUGACAUUUUGGAAUCGGUAUAGUACAGAAGAAAGAGAAGAUUUAGAUGCUGAACCAGAUAGGUCUAGUCACCAUGAAUCUAAACUGGAUCAAUUUGCGGAAGAAGAUUUUGAUUCUCUCCCAUGUUACACGAGGGCAUUCAGAUGGAUUUGUGGAAUUGAAAAAAUGGAACAAGAACCCCACUUGUCAGACGAAGAAAAGAAAGCAAUUGAAGCUAAACAAAACUCUAUCCAUGAAACAAAAACAUGGAGAUAUAUUCUUAAUAUAAAUGCUGUAGUUUUGAUGACAUUAGCAGUAUUUUUAUGGGGAUUCUAUGCAUAGAUUUUGACCAUAAAUAAGGUCAAUGGAAUGUAUUACAACACUGUUUGUAAAAAUGUUAUCACAUGUUACAAGUGUCAAGUGUCACAUAUCAUACCUUGGACAUACCUUGGAAAUAUAUAUGUUAAAUCAAGAGUAAAUAUAGAAAAUAUGUAUACAUGAAAGAAGCUGCUUUAUGGAUAGAUCUUUUGAAUUAUAUUAAGUAGAUUUUAUUUCAAUCAUACUGCAAUACUUUCAGCUUUUUUGACAAAUUUGUUAACAAUCAUUUCGAUAUAGAUGCCAAUGCAAGUGCAUAAUGCCAUUAUUAGGUUCAAUUUUAUUUCUGUUAAGGAAUUGGGAAAAACCUUCAGACACUCAAUAGGUCAUACACCGCUUAAAUGUUGUCAGUAACAGUCAGAUACAGGAAUCUGUAAUUAAUGUUUACUAUAUAUUUUAGGUUGACAGACUUCACGUUCCAUAUCACAUUUCAUGGAAAGCAAAAAUAUCAAUAAUGGUGUGCAAUUCAAAAUAUUCAAUAGCAAUACAAGUUCAGAGAUAGUGAUUUUCGUUUACAGCUUUCAUUUUAAAUAAUAUCUGUACUUGAAGUUGAAAUCAAAAUACGUUAUAAUCUGUAUCCAAUCCAAUGCUUUGUAUGUAGUUUGAUUUAUGUAUAACUAUCUUUUGUAGUAAACAAGUAUAAACUCAAACUAGUUGUCCUUUGUCUCAUCUUUUAUAAUG